GAUAUUUGAACAAGUUGGUUCCACAGAGUCCAGUGAACACUUGCAGGUUAUAAGUGAAUAAGGCUAUGUCGGCCUAUGUUUCACGUAUUAACCAGGUGGAUGCAUCCCAACUGGAUAAUGAGAUCUAUAAUAUACUAAGACAGCAGGGUAUGGAGAUAUCAAAACUCUGUGCCCCUGGUGUCAUUGGCAAAUGGCAGCCAGAAAUUGAUGCAUUAAUAAAGAUCGCGAUAUGGAAUUACUCGCUCAAAGCUGGAAAUUCCUCCUUUGGCCAACAGCUUCUUAACCUGCAUUAUGAUAGAUAUAACGAAAAAAAAGCAAUCUUCUACCUCAUUCUGAGUGUUGUGCCUAAGUACCUCCAACAAAGAAUAAUUGAUAGCUGGUUGAUCUCAAACUCAGGAGACUACCAUCGGGUAAAGAGAUUCAUCGAUUGGGUAACAACAACAACUCAGCUGUUGGCAUUUACUAAUAUAUUGUUGUUCCUUAAUCAAGGAAACCAGCCUAACUUAAUCGAAAGAAUACUAGGAAUCUACAAUCAACCAACUAAAUCACAUAGGCCUAGAGAUAUUGGCUAUUCUUAUAUGACAAGAGAACUCUUGUGGCACAGUUUCAUAGAGUUAUUUACAAUUGGCUUGCCAAUGUUAAACAUACACUUCAUCAAACAAAAGAUAAAACGUAUGUGGAUCCGAAGGAGAAUGGCCAAAGGAUUCAUUGCUCCUCAAAUGAAAAUCGACACACGGUGUCCAGAGUGUGAUCAAAGUCCAAACUUACCCCGACAUGCAGGGUGCGAACAUAUCUUUUGCUACUACUGUAUGAAAGCACGCUUCACUAUCGACAACAUUUUCGAAUGUCCCGCAUGCGGAGUGGAGCUACAUUCCGUUAGAAUGAGGACUGUAUAAAUUACAGCUUCUGCCAUACUACCUAAACGAAAGAAUCCUAUGUACAUAAAUAUAAUAGUUAUUGGCAAAAGCGGUAUUUGGGAGAUUGGAGUUUUUUUUAUUCAAGAUGAACAAUAAAACAUUUAUCACAUGGA